GUGCAUUUACACAGCAAAAGAUUCUGUGUAGCAUAAAUCUUUUUAAGUAGCACAGGGCCCUCUGGUGGUUACUAAAAAUGACAAAAAAUGAUCAAGUUCAAGGCCAAACUCCCCAAUACAUAUACUUGAUAAUCUUCUUUUAGACACCAAUAUGGUGGAAGUGCCGCCACAUGUAAUCAACGUCAUCUUGCCAGAGCAAAGGAGUCACUUCCUGCAGCAGCUGGGCUACAUCCUGGCGACUCUCCUCUUACUGGCUCUUAUCGUGUUGGCUGUCGUUCUCCUCACACGUCACCGGAAAAGACAAGGCCAGGAUUUUGAUCCACGGAAAGUCGAAAGUCCACCUCUGCCGACGGUGACGUAUGUGGGCCACACAUCAUGUGUUAAGAAAGAAUGUGAGCGAAGCAUCCCAGAAGUGAAGUCAAGCAACCAAGAGGAGACGAAGUUGGACUACAAGAACAAUCUUCUGAAGGAAGCGGAAAUGUCCAAACUUUGCUCCCAAAAAGCUAUUGACCUGGACAGAGAGAUGGAGAAGCCAUCUUGGAAAUAAGAGGUACCUUGCCACUGGCUGGUCCAGGGGCAGAUUUGGAAACGGAUGAAAAAUGAAGUGCAGAGAGGUGAUAAUAUGGCAAGGAAAUAAGUGAAAAGGAGAGCAGGACACAGUUGUAUCUUUUUUUU